UUCUACUUCCGGUUCACAUGACGCAACGUCCGUGUACCCUCGCCUGACUUCCGGUUCUUUCUUGUUCCCUUCUUCUCAGCAAACACGUUUCUUCAAAGCCUUCCCAUCGGUGUGCCGGAGACAUGACUGAAGAAGAUCUUCACCCUGAGAAACACGAUCCACUCCACUUUAAACAGGAGGAGUCAGAGAUGUUGUGUAUUAAACAGGAAGUGGGGCCAGACACCCCCUGCAUUAAAAAAGAGGAACAGGAAGAAGAAAUCUUUCCAGUGACCGUCAGUGUGAAGAGCGAAGAAGAUGAAGGUCCCAGCGAAGGGAGUGGAGCAGCAAAACCUUCGAGCGACAGCUCCUUUCAGCACCUCACAACAAAAGAAGAGGGACAAUCGCAACCUGAUAGUCUCUUAGCUCCGCUCUCGGACAGCGACGACAUAACGUCACACUCUUCUGACUUUAACACUGAUGAGGAGGAUGUUGACUCUGACCAAAAUGCUUGGAAAUCCUUAAAAAAGUCAUCAUUGAAAAGAGAAACACAAGAAUGUGCAGGUGGGAAACCGUUUGGCUGCACACUGUGCGACAAAGGAUUUUCUCGGAAGACUGAUUUAGAAAGGCAUAAGCGUACACACACUGGAGAAAAGCCUUUUGUCUGCACACAUUGUGGUAAAAGAUUCGCCGAGAAGAAAAAUUUAAACAGACAUGCAAGAAUACAUACUGGAGAGAAGCCUUUUGCCUGCUCACUUUGCGAUAAAAGAUUUACUCAGAAGAUUAAUAAAGAAAGGCAUAUGUUUACACACACUGGAGAGAAGCCUUUCGCUUGCACACUUUGCAAUAAGAGAGUUUCUUGGAAAAAUGAUUUAAAAACGCAUAUGCGGACACACACUGGAGAGAAACCUUUUGUCUGCACGUGUUGUGGUAAAAGAUUCACAGAUAAGAAGCAUUUAAACAAACACGCAACUACACACAGUGGAGAGAAGCCUUUCGCCUGUUCCAUGUGUGAAAAAAGAUUUUAUUUUCAGUCUGACUUGACAAUACACACGCGGAAACACACUGGAGAGAAACCUUUUGCCUGCACACUCUGCGACAAAAGAUUUUCUCAGAAGUCUGAUUUAAAAAUGCAUAUGCGUAGACACACUGGAGAGAAGCCUUUUGUCUGCACGUGUUGUGGUAAAAGAUUCACUGAUAAGAAAAUUUUAAGCAAACACUCAAGCACACACAGUGGUGGAGAAAAGCCUUUCGCCUGUUCCAUGUGUGAGAAAAGAUUUUAUUUUCAGUCUGAGUUGACAAUACACACGCGGAAACACACUGGAGAGAAACCUUUUGCCUGCACACUAUGCGACAAAAGAUUUUCUCAGAAUUCUGAUUUAAAAACGCAUAUGCGUAGACACACUGGAGAAAAGCCCUUUAUUUGCACGUGUUGUGGUAAAAGAUUCACCAGUAAGACAAAUUUAAACGAUCACACAAAAAUCCACACUGGAGAGAAGCCUUUUGCAUGCACGCUUUGCGACAAAGGAUUUUCUCGGAAGACCCAUUUAGUAAUACAUAAGCGUUCACACACUGGCGAAAAACCUUUUGUCUGCACAUGUUGUGGUAAAAGAUUCACUCAGAAGAAAAAUUUAAACGGACACGCAAGAACCCACACUGGAGAAAAGCCUUUCUUUUGCUCAAUUUGUGGUAAAAGAUUCACAGAGAAGGGGAAUUUAAACAAACACGCAAGCAUGCAUAGUGGAAAGAAGCCUUUCGCCUGCUCCUUUUGUGAGAAAACAUUUUACUCUCAGUCUCAGUUGACAACACACACGCGUACACACACUGGAGAAAAGACUUUGUCGUAAAAGAUUCUAUCUGAAGAGAACUUGAAGCAGACGUGCAAGAACACACAUUGGAGAAAAGCUUUUUGUCUGCACGCGUUGUGGGAAAAGAGUCAUUGAGAAGGCAAAUUUAAACCAACACACAAAAACCACACUGGAGCGCAGCAUUUUUCAUGCACGCUUUGUGACAAAAGAUUUUAUCGGAAGACUCAUUUACAGUGUAUCACAAAAGUGAGUACACCCCUCGUAUUUCUGCAGAUAUUUAAGUAUAUCUUUUCAUCGGACAACACUGACAAAAUGACACUUUGACCCAUUGAAAAGUAGUCUGUGUGCAGUUUAUAUAAUAGUUAAUUUAUUUUCCCCUCAAAAUUUGAAAAGUAGUCUGUGUGCAGUUUAUAUAAUAGUUAAUUUAUUUUCCCCUCAAAAUAACUCAAAAUAUAGCCAUUCAUAUCUAAACCCCUGGCAACGAGAGUGAGUACACCACAUGGGAACUACAUACAUGCCUAAAUGUCCAAAUUGUGUACUGAUUGUCAUUUUCCCUCCGAAAUUUCACGUGACUCGUUACAGGAGUGCUUUCAGCAUUGCUGCAGAGAUUGAAGAGGUGGUGGUGGUGGGGGGGGGGGUAAUUCCCACCACCAUGCUUGACUGUAAGUAUGACACACUUAUCUUUGUACUCCUCACCUGGUCGCCGCCACACAUGCUUGAGACUAUCGGAACCAAACAAAUGAAUCUUCGUCUCAUCAGACCAUAGGACAUGGUUCCAGUAAUCCAUGUGCUUUAUUGGCAUGUCUUCAGCAAACUGUUUGCGGGCUUUCUUGUGUACUGUCUUCAGAAGAGGCUUCCUCCUGGGGUGACAGCCAUGCAAACCAAUUUGAUGUAUGGUCUGAGCACUAACAGUCUGACCCCCCACCUCUUCAAU